UUCACGGUCCCUCGUCGCAGGCGUGCGUCGUCUCUCCGAGUCUCGGCCGCUUCCGAGCCUAACCGCGCGAUCAAACGAGUAUGGCUAGCCGUCAGCAGUACGCCGCGCGCCGCCACCCGGGUCGCAUGUGCUGCGUCGCUAACCGAGCUUUACACAAACUUGCUUCAUCGCAAGUUUAGACAUUUAAGUGCAUAAACCAACUGAUAUAUUUCAUGUGUUUUCGGUGUUCAUACUAACCGUGUGAGACGAGUGCUUGCCCUGGCCACGCAAAUGCGGGUUUUGUAUAUUAGUGGGUGGAAAAAUAAACAGAACUCUCCGGGGCAAGUGCGGCGCCGGCCCGGCGUGCAGCUCAGCUCUGCUGAUGAUGACACACUGAUCUGUGAUGCUGACACAAACUGUGCUCUAUAGGAAACUACGUCCUAGAGGACGACGAAGGACGUUGUAGAUAAAAUCGAAUAGUUAACACUAGUUUAUAAAAAUGCAAGUGCCUAAUUUUAUACUAAUCCUGGGCAACCGCCGCAACUUAAUAUUUAGGGUCAGCAUAGUGGUCAUCGUCGUGUUAUUUUACGUAGCGUUGCAUUAUUCUGGUAAUAGUGCCCCGGGGGCCGAGUGGGUGCCCAUCACGGCUGAUGGCUCCGAAAGAACUGCAGAAAUAAGGUACCUCAAAGAUGAGGAACGAGAUAUUACAGCAAAUUUUACAGAUGCAAACAUGCGAAAGCUAACAGAGUUCACUUCCCAGAAAAUAGCUAUGACUACAAUGUCCACUGUUAAUAAGACUGCAUCUAGUACAGCAUCAGACGUAGAGAAGAAUGUAAGUGCUGUGCCAUCUGAAGCAAAUAUACUGGAUGAAGAACCUUACGACGAGAAUGUGCUAACAAACUCCACGCUGAUGGCACUUAAAGCUAUACUCGGUUGCAAAGACAAGGAUUUCUUUCCUGAGACUUUGCAGCGGGGGGAGUAUUGGGUGCUGAAGAACUACGUGCGCGCUAACCACGGCCCUUUGCAGUGUUAUGAGACCAUCACGACUACAACGCAUGGUGGCUUCGAAUUCCUUGAUAACCUGGUUCCUCUAGUAGAACGAUGGAUGGCUCCGAUCAGUUUGGCAAUCCACGCUCCUGGCACAGACAUGCUGCCUUCAGUGAACAGCAUCAGAUAUCUCCGAGACUGUUCCGGCCACGACCUCGUCCAGCAAUACGUGACCUUCCACAUCUUCUUCUCUAACAAACAUAUACCUGAUAACAUUCCAAAUCCAGAUGAGUUUUUGAAGACACCGUACAACUGCUCACUGCCUGCUCCUUAUGCCGUCAAUUCUUCUACUACCUACAAGGAAAAGAUGAACCUGUUAUACCCUGUCAACGUCGGCAGGAACAUUGCUAGAGCUGCAGCCUUGACCCACUUCCUUCUACCCUUGGACAUCGAGCUGUACCCCAGUCCAUUCCUCGUGCCUCAGUUCUUGAACAUGAUCGCCAGAAACGAACCACCACUAAGCACUUCCAACAAGCCAAGAGUCUUCCCCUUAAGUUUAUUUGAGAUAGAUAAACAAUAUAGUCCUCCACAGACGAAAUUGGAACUGCAGGGAAUGUUGAAGAACAAAACUGCUAUACCGUUCCAUAAAUACGUGUGCCCCACUUGUCAUAACAUACCACGUGGUAACGAGUGGAUGGCCAAACCUGAGACCCCAUUAAUGGAAGUGUUUUACGUGGGCAAACGAGAAAAAAAGCAUAGUCACUGGGAACCUAUCUUCAUCGGGACACACGCAGAUGCUUAUUACGACGACCGAUUGAGUUGGGAGGGCAAGAAAGAUAAAAUGACACAGGCUUACAUCUUCUGCGCCAAAGACUACGAGUUUAUGAUCUUGAGCAACGCUUUCCUCGUCCACAAGCCUGGGAUCAAAUACUACAAGGCGAACCCGAAGAGAGACAAGUACGCUGCGAAGCAAGGUUCCUUUGUAAACAAUGUGAUCAUGAAGGAACUCAAAAAAAUCUUCGGUUCAAAGCCCGGCUGCGUACUGUGACGAAACACAAGAAUAAAGGUCAUAUAUCGAAACCUAGUACACCUCAGAGGUACAAAAUAGAAUUCAGGCUAUUCAACGCUAGGCAUACUAAUUAAGCUUACAGGGUUCAAUAAAUCCGCCUGACUUUGAAAAUGUUGAUAACGGAAUUGUGUCCUAAAUCGAACAUAUCACUAUGAUUAAAACUAAAAAUGCAACUCGGUUAAGAUAUACGCACACUCCAGUGAUUUUGUAAGUUAAGUACUAACUAAUUCAGGCGUUUAACAAUGCAUAGGAUGCAAGACACGAUAGAGGCCUUAAACAGUUACUGUAAGGAUAACUCUAUGUUAGAAACACUCACACGUCCGUAAUCUAAGUCAAGAAUACUGAUACAGAGGCAAUGAAUCUUCUUAAAAAUAAUAUUUUGAUACUUCGCAAAAGAACAUUUACUAUUGCAAAUACCAAAAUGAUACAAGAAGGUCUAUCCAAUAAUAGCCUUUAACUUCCUAUUCAGAAGGAUCAUAGUUGUAAAGCAUCUUUAUAAGUUUUUGAAGUGUAAAUAUUUUGCUUGCUAGUGUUCGGUUGCUUUUGUAUAACAAAGUACUUGACUUUAUAUAAUUUAAGUGCUUUUUUUACAAACAGCAGUUAUAAUUGUUUGUAGAUUUAAUAUAUCUAGGGCCCCAUUAGGACGUUGUGGUUUUACGAGCAGCUGCGCAAUUCUACACAAGCACAAUCCAGAACAAACACUAGAGUUAAUUAACAUGGUUGCCGACAACCAAAUAGUUGCGCAACAAAGUUGACACCGGUGUAUACAAUCUCUAUACAACUGAAUACAUUUUAUUGGUAGCGGAACCAGGGCUUACGACCAUGGUAUCCUAGUGAAAUGGGGUUCUUUAUGAGCUUAUAAGCUUCUAAAACACACAUAGUGUUGAUUUAUAA